CCAAGCCUUUAUUCUUCAGGAGUUGCUAAAAGGCUUGCAACACGCGUUUGAGGGGAAGCUCCAUGGAAAUGUGCGAGCGGAAUCCGUUAAAUCCCGGCUAUGUUGGUUCUCUGUUGAAUUUUGCGCCACCUGAGUCGUUGUAUUUCUCCAACUUGCGCGGCAAUGGAGCCCACAUACCCGGGCUGCAUCAGCUCCCUUACGGCAGGAGAGAGGUGUGCACGCUCCCGUGGACUUCCUCAAGUUCGUGCACGUCCAGGGCAGCACCGCCGCCACAGAGCCGCGCCUUCGGGGGCUACUGUCCGCCGUUUCUGUCCAACUCGUUGUCUGUGAACGCCAACUCGUCCGUCGGCCACAUCAGGGCGCAUUUGGAGGAGCCCGCUCGGUGCUUCCAGGACGCGGACCUCAAGGCGGAAGAGCCUGGCACUGGCAGACGAGAUGAAGUUUACACAGGGGAGCACGGGGCACACAGUGACGGCGGCUACUCGGAUCUGCACGGCCGGUCUCACGGUGCCGCGGCCCGGACGGACGCGGAUUCAGCAGGCCCGCUGAACGUGAACGGCACCAAACAGGAGCUCGACCCCCUUCAGUCGCCAUCGAGUAACACAUGCUCCAGGACGACUUACGCUGAAGGUGCCCCGUGGUGCUCGUCACAAGUGAGGAUCCGAAAGAAGAGAAAGCCCUACACGAAGCCACAGCUGGCUGAACUUGAGAACGAAUUUAUGAUGAACGAAUUCAUCAACAGACAGAAGCGCAAGGAGCUGUCGAAUAGACUGGACCUGAGCGACCAACAAGUGAAGAUCUGGUUUCAGAACCGGAGGAUGAAGAAGAAACGACUCAUGAUGCGCGACCAGGCUUUCUCCGCGUACUGAUGACCUUUGGACUUGGCAGCGCACAUAAUAUGUUGUUGUGUUGUAAAUAUGAGUGUCGCAGCAGCGCACCACGAGCCCUCUUGGUUUGUGCCACUGACCUGUAUUUAUAAAUACGAGUAAAGUGUUUAUAUUCCAGUCACACAACUGGCUUCAGUUUUAUCAAGUCACGAGUUCAGCAUUAUCAAUAGGAAUGCAAAAAAAUGAAUUGCAGAUUAAGUUCCAACAGAUUUUACGCAGUUGGUCAUUUUUGCCUCAGAUUCUCCAAAUGCGCAUGGAGGAGGCCCUGACUCCUGAUGGGGCCGUGGUGCUGAAAAACAAACCUGAAAUCUUUAUUUUCUCUCAUCCAACACAAAUGUCAGGCCACUCUAAACAGCAUAUAGUUCGUCUGUAGUUGUGUAUUUUAGAAAAAUGGCCUGCGCACGUGGUGCAGGCCUUAUGUGGAAGCAAACAGUCAAGUUCAUGUUUACCGACGGAUAGAAGUUAAACAAAAAAUAUUAUUGAAAAUAUAUUAUAGCUGCAUGUCCCCCCGCCCCCACCAAAAUAUUUUUUUAUUGUAAGUCUUGUUAAAAAAGCAACGUUACAUUUUGUUCUCUGUGGCUGCGUCCACAUUCAAGGUCGGGGUGUGGAGGAAAAGAAAUGCGCCGCAUUUAGUGGUAGAACGUGUUUACUCCAAAUGUCUGUAAAAACCAAGUACGUUUGUGGAUGUGUAAUGUUCAAAUUGUGUUACUAAAAAGCAAAGUGACAUCUGUCCAGUUACGUUUGGAUUCUUAAUGUGUCAGACCUGGUUCUGUGUCGCCGAGAACAAACGUGAUUGUACAAGUCCACACAUUAGAUUGGUUGCAUUGGAAUCACUCUUACUUUGAAACUUUGUCCUUUGAUUAAUAUUUAAUAAAGAUAUUUAAACUUCG